AUGCGUUCCUCGACCGCCCUCCUCUCGCUCGCCGCCCUCGCCGGCAUGGCCACCGCCCAGCUGCCCGCCAACGCUCCCGGCUGCGCGACUCGCUGCUUCGCCAUCAAGAUCACCGAGUCCAACUCGCUCGCGCCGGGCGUUGCCUCGACCGACCUCGCUGGCCUCUGCGCCACGCCCACGUUCGUCGCCGCCUACACCCAGUGCCUCGCCGACAACUGCCCGAACACGUCCGACUACGCGACCGGCGUCGCCCUCGGCCAGGCCGUCUGCGCCAACGCCGGCGCCCAGUUCGCCACCUCGAGCAUCCGUGACGCCGCUUCGGGCGUCCUCGCCACGCUCUCGUCGGUCCCCGUCGCGAGCGGCACCGCCGUCUCGUCGGCGCAGGGUGCCUUCUCGAGCUUCGUCGCCGGUGGCGGUGCCGGCGCCGUCUCGUCGGGCGCUUCGGGCGUCACCUCGGCCGCGUCGAGCAUCGCUUCGGGCGCUUCGGCCGGCGCGUCGUCGGGCGCCGCCGCCGUCAGCAGCGGCGCCUCGUCGAUCGCGAGCGGCGCCUCGUCGGCCGCCUCGUCCGCCUCGGGCGACGCCGCCUCGGCCGCGAGCUCGCUGUCGUCCGGCGCGUCCGAGACGGCGUCGGGCGCGUCGGGCUCGGCCGCGUCCGUCCUCUCGUCGGCGACCGAGUCGCUCGCGUCGAUUAGCUCGGUCCUGUCGUCGGCUGGCUCCGAGGCGACGAGCGGUGCGGCGGGCGCUGCCUCGUCGGCUGCGUCGGGCGCGAGCGGCGCGGCUGGCACCAUCACGUCGGGUGCUGGCGCUGCCGCUAGCUCGGCGACGGGCGCUGUCGGCUCGAUCGUGAGCCAGGCGACGUCGGCUGUUGGCGGUGGCUCGAACGGUGCGUCGGGCCCCGUCUUCCCGACCGCGACCCUCCUCGUCGCUGUCGCCGGCGCCAUGGCCAUCUUCGCCUAAACGCCCUCCGCCUCCUCCCGCUUGACGGCCUCGCCUCGUCCCUCCUCUCUGUCGCACCCGCGACACCCUCUCUAUUUCCGGAAACCCCUACCGCCUACCUAGUCCCUCCCCUAUUACUUUCCCACCCUCGCCCCUUGUAUCCCUCGAGGCCCGCGCUCCUGCUGCCCUCGAGUGCGCGGGAGACGCUCGGCUCUCCCUCUCCCUCUCUGCCCUUUCCUCGUCGCCUCGCGCUUGCCGUGACUGGUAGCUAGCCUAUGACUCGAAUCGCGCUUGACUCAGUAGCAAA